AGGGGAUGGAAGUGGAGCGUCAUGGGUGUACCUGUGGUCAUAUUGCACCUAGUCUAGAAGCCCUAUAUCUUCUAAGUCCCACUGGACUUUAAGCAGGUGCUGGAAGGCAGAUACCAAGUCUCAUACAGUUUUAUGUUAAUCAUAGUUUCCUGCAGAUAUAUAGUAGGUACUGAAUAAUUAUUCAUUGCUUUAAUAUUGCAUUAUAUUUAUUUUUGAGUUUUAUCAAAGGACUAGGCAUAGAUAACUAAUAAACUCAUAGACAUUCUCAAAAAUACAACACAUCAUUUGACUAACAUCUUAUGUCACCAGUGAGAAGUGUUUAUCGUUUGUUAUCUAAUAUUUAUUUGAUAUAAUUCCUUUUAAAAUGUAACAGUGUGAUAUGAACUAUUGAAGUAGAUUCUUUGCCCUCCCCAAUAUAUAUACAUAUCAUUUGAUGAAAGACAUACAAGCUAUCUUAUUAUUACAAGGAGUAUACUAAUUUUGGGGGACGAUAAGCAGCAUGGGGAGCCUCAGUACCCUUGGAGAGAGCUAAUGCCAUCCAGGAUAGAACUAAUCUGUGUAUCGAAGAAGCAUCUAACGUACAUUUUUAUAAUAAUAUGAUUUUAUCUAAGAACAUUUAUUAGUACAUACUUUCCUGGUAGUUAUUUUAAAAUUCUCAUGGGUCUUGAAUAUUUUGGCAUGGAUUUAUUAAUAAAGCUCAAAGUACUGGUGUAGCAACAUGUCAAAUAUAGCUUGGCCUUAAAAGUCAAUCAUCACGAGUUUAUUUGAUUAAUACAAGUCCAGCCCUGGGUUGGGUAGAAUGAAAAGAGAGAUGUGUCCUUGCUCUUAAGGAGGUUGUAGUCCAGCUUAGUGUUUCUCAAGUGGGGUCACUACCCACUGGGGGUUGUGAAAUCUAUUUAGUCGAUCACCACCGGAUGAAAAAUAACACAAUAGAAAAUAUCAGAGUGCAUUUUAGGUAGUAAUAGCCAAUAUCAUUUUAUCUAUCUAUCUAUCUAUCUAUCUAUUAUCUAUUGAUGACUAUGUAAAAUACUUUGCUCACUGAGCUUGCUGUCAAAAAAGUUUGCAAAACAUUGACGUCUAGGUGGAAAAACAAUACGAAUGCACAAUGAACACUUAUGCUGCUCAAAACCACAUCUUAAUUUGCCUGGGCUGCCAGAACGAAGGACCACAAAUUGAGUGGCUUAAAUAACAGAAAUUUAUUGUUUCACAUGUGGUGCUGGAGGCCGGAAGUCAAGAUCAAGGGACUGAUAAGGUUGGUUCCUUCUGAGGGCUGUGAGGGAGAAUCUGUUCACGCCUCUGGCCUCGCUUCUGGUGGUUUGCUGGCAAUGUGUGGCAUUCCCUGGCCUGUAGACUCAUCACCUCGAUCUCUGCUUUCAGCUUCACAAGACCCUAAUGACCGCAUUUGAACUUGAUCACUUCUGUAAAGACCCUAUCGCCAAAUAAGGUCACGUUCUGAGGUAUUUACGGUUCGGGCUUCAAAGUAUCGUUUUUGGGGGAACUCAGUUCAACCCAUAGUAAGCAUAAUGGCCACCAUUUAAGAUAUGUAUGUGCUAGUCCUUGUACUAAGUGCCUUAUUAGUCUUUACAACCACUCUGAGAAGUAAAUAUGGUAUGUUAAUUUUAUAGAAUAAUAGAGGUUCAGAGAGAUUCGCUUUUAUAAUUUGGGUCUGGUUUACUUCAAAGCUUAUGUUCUUUCCACCCUGCUUGUUGAUUCCUGGAAGGCUAGAUGUGGCAGGGAUCUCAGAGACCAUCUGAUACAAUCCCCUCUUUUGAUGUGUAGUGGGCCAAAAGAUAAAAAUGGUGCUAUUUGUAAAAAUCUGGUAUGUUUUCUAUAUUCCAGAGAAGCAAUGAAAUCAUCUCUAGGUAAUGACCAUCUUUUUACUUUGGGAAACUCUAGAAUGUUCCACGAAUAUUCUUUCUUCCCCAUCAUUCCCCUAGAGGUGGGAAAACUUGGGAGCACUUGGGUUAUAUGUAGAGGGAGAAACUAAAGUACAGAGAUGCCAAGUCUCUUGGCCAUGGUCCCCAAGCUUGUAUAAGAUAGCAUUUAUGUGAUCUUUGAGGAGGAGAUGCUAAGCAAAGAUUUGAGUAACAAGAAGGAGCUACUGAUAUGCAGACCAGGGGUACAAGCAAUCUAGGCAGAUGAAAGAGUUAACAAAAAGCAUGAGGAUGGGAAUGACCUGUGGUGACUAGUGGGAAAAGCAGAGAAUUGAUAUUUGAGGAACAGAAGGAAAGCCAGUGGAGCUCAGCAUCAUAGGAGAGGAGAGUGAUGUGGAGGUUGAACUAGGGUGCAUGUGGUAAAGAUAGAAAGUAGCACAUGGACUCAGAUAUUUUGGAGAUUAACUGAGUGUAGGUAAAAAGAGGAACCAAGGAUAACUCCUAGAUUUUUGGUUUGAGCAAUUACAAGGAAGUUGGCGUUGUUUACUGAGAUGGGAAAAAUCUAGUGGAGAAGCAAGUUUUGAGGGGAAAAGUCAAUCAUUAUAUAAUACUUGAGAUACUUAUUUGACAUCCAUGUAGAACUUUUAGUAGGAGACCCGUAUUUUACAGGACAGGAUAUGGAUGUAGAUUUGGGAAUUAUCAACAUAUAGAUGGUCUUUAAAGUCCAUGGUACUGAGACAACCUCUUAGCCCAGGACAACCUCUUCUCUUCUCAAAGCUGGGGCCAGGUAGCCUCCUCUGAUACCCCCUCUCCUCCCACUUCCCACCCCAUUGUUACAUCAGGACUCUCAGUCAAAGAUGCCAUUAACUUAUAGAGAGAGCAAAUUCUGGGUGGUCCAGAUUCUUCCUUUUCUCCUAACAGAAUCUCCAUUUCUGCUUUUUACCUGGGAUUUAUAGGAAAGGUUCACUGAAAUUUCAAUUAAUCACUUUCUAGGUAAAUGCAAAUGUGUAAUAUGUUACUUAUCCUUUGCCACAGAAUAAUAAAAGGAAAAUUUAUCCCUUCAUCAAGAAUUAUGGUUAGUGCUCAGUUAUCAAUAUUGACCUCACUAUAGAACUAGAAUUAAUUAUCUGGGCACAUAUUUACCUUUGAUUUGCAUAUACCACUCCAAGUGAUGCCAAGAGCAAUGCAGUGUGUCAAUUUAAGACAAAUUAGAGCCAUAAAAUCUAACCUGCUGUUACAAUUUUUGUAUUUAUGAUUUAGGCUCCAUUUCACAUGUUUUAUGUCUAGUUUUAUAGCAAUGCACUCAUCACCAGCACCUCUGGGCACAAGUACAAAGUACCACUUACAAAAACAACAGAUUGGCAAAAAUCAGGCUCCAAGGCUAACCCCCAUCGCCCUUUCUCGGGCACAAACUCCAGUCAAUAGAUGGAUCUCCUUCUGUGAGUCCUAAAGGCUUACGUACUUGGACUCUUAAUGAACCAAAACAGAAGGGAAAUGUUUGAUAUAGGGGCCUUGUAAACUUGAACUUUUUUGCGUUCAAACUUAGGGUCCCUUAGAAACCUGUCUAAUCUUAAAAAUCAAUUUAAGUUGUAUAAAAGGAAAUAAGAGUCAACUUGCUACCAUGUGCUGAAUAUAAGAGUAACUGAGAGUUAAAUAGCCCUUACCAUGUGCCAGAUGCUGCUCUGUUCUAAGCAUUUUAUAUACAGUAAUUCAUUUCAUCCUCAUGAUGUUACUGUGAAAUAGGCCAUAUUAUUAUCCCCAUUUUCUAGAUGAGGAAACUGAGGCACAGAGGAGUUGAGUGAAUUGCAAGAUCCCUCAGCAAGUGAGUGGUUGCAAGGCUCAUCUCAUAUAAUGAGAAGCAUGAACUAUCAGAAUAACCAGAGAGAGGCUAUUCUCAAGUUUCGUAUCAUCCCAAGUUCUGGAGAAGAGACCCACUGGUUCAGCUUGCCUAGGCAGCUACUCCUGGAGCCCCUGGUUGCGGUAACGUUGGAUUAAGAUAACAGCACUGGAUUUAUUAUGCUGAUGCGGGAGAGAGGCAGUUCCUAAGAAAGAGAUGCUGAGUAGAUAACCCCAAUACCAUAGAGAUGUUCAGCAUCAUAUGUAUGAAGCACCACUUUUCAAUAACCCCAAGGAGGCUUAGAGACCUGUGCUGUACCAGCUCUCCAACAGAAGUCAUGAGUGAGGCAAAGAUCCCACCUUUCUCUAUAUGUGCUGUGUACUGGUCUGUGACUUGCUGGGUGCUCCCCAGUGAUGGCUCUCUCUACGUAUUAGAGGACUAUUAUGCAGAAGAUUGUGAUCUCAUUCUCUUCCUCCCCUAUGAUGGACAAGAAGAAAUGAAUGUGUACUGCAGCCUUUGGGAUUUAAUGCAGACAGAAGCUAGCACUACAGAUAAGCGCUGUUAAAGUGUCAGGAGGGGUUAUGAAGAGUCUUUGGAAUCUCCAUACCAUGGACUGGGAUUCUUGUUUAUUUUAAAAAACGGUUAGCAAGGUGGAAGGGUAAUAGUUUGUUCUUCAGAGCAAUUGGCCACGUUACUGAUAAAUGGUGCGAUAAGAAAACUACAACAUUUUUUGAAUUCUUCAUAUGAAAUAAUUUUUUCCACAUCUGACUGGUUUAAUACAGGUCAGGAUGAAAAUGAUGAAGCACUGACCCCAAAGCUCAGCACCGCCUGCUGGAUUUCAGCCAUUUUUCCCAGCUUCUUCAUCCCUUUGUGGUCUUUGGUCCAAACUUCACGGACACUUGUGUUGGGAAAUAUCCCUGAUGCGUUUCAAACUAAAGUUUCUAGGUCCCAUUUAGCAUUUUGAUUUGUCUGGCUGCUGAGGUCACUCUUCCUGGUGAAAUCUGAGCAUCUGUCUGACUGGCGUUUUUAAAGUCUUUGAAAGCAUUUCCCAUUUCCCACUCUCUGCUGUGUCUUGUGACACAAACUGUGUCAGAGGGUGAGGCGGGACUGGUGGCCCAACUUUUAGCAUAAACCGGAAAGUUAAUGUCUUGAGUUGUUUAUGUGGUUUUUGUUUAUUUGUUUUCGUCUCCAGCUUCAGCCCCUCCCAAUCACGGAGUGGAUUUCAGCCUUCUCCACAGAGUGCCUCUACCCAUCCACUCUUCUGACCUGCCCACCACUCUCCUCCUCGCCUCCCAAGGACACUAAGGUUCAAAAGAAGUCAGCAAAUUGCCCACUAUUAUACAGCUGAAGGUGGCAGGACGAGGGCUUGAUCCCAAUACGAAAUCACAAAAAUUUCAUUAGUGGAAAAAUCACUUCAGAUAUGCCUUGAGUCUUCUUUCAUUUUCCUGGAAGUGAAUCCAGAAUGGAGCUAUAAAAUCACUUUUGAAUACAGUCCUGGUAGAAACUUGUGGUUUAUAGCAUGAAACCAUUUGAAUUAACUUCUUAGAGAUUGAAGAUGAUAAUAUCAUCCAAGAAAAUCAUAGGCAUUAGAGUGUUUGUUGCACAGCAGUUACUGGAGAGAAAGAUGUUCUUUAUUUUGUUUUCAACUUCACAUCUCAGCAGCUUUGCAGAGUGCCUGGUACCUAGCAAGGCGUCCCCAAAUUUUAUGAGGUCCCAUACUCUACACAGAGCAAGUCAAACAGGUAACAGGGUAACUACUAAGCCUCCACUUCUCUUGAUGAUAUGAUGUUUCAUGUUACCUCUGGCAUCUUGGACAAGCCACUGAUGGCCUUGAUGUUACCGAUAAAAGGAACCAGGAAGAUCACACUUGCCUAAAAGCAGGAGCUUAGUUUAUCCCCAGUGGAUUCCUUGAUUGUAUGUCUUGAGGAUUUUCUUCAGAGUUGACUGCUGUGACUGACACUUUCUUUUUCCAUGAAACAGCACAAUAAAUUGAUGAGUCUGGCGAUGAUAAAUAGAAGUGUCCCAUCUGCUGUUGUCUACCAUUUUUAUUUUACAUUCCAUCGUCAACAAAAUGCUGUAACAGCAGUGCCAACUGGAAAGAGUGACUCUUGAAAAAUUUUCCUUCUUUGCAUUUCCACUCAAUAAUGCAUUUUAAAUCUGUAUCCUUUACUUGCUUUUCUUGGGCUCAUCAAGUUUAGGCAUAAGCUUUUUAUCAACUCUGAUUUGGGUUACUGUUGACUUGAAAUACAUCAGAAGGAGGAUCACUGAGCCAUGGCUAUACCGAUGGUUGGAUGUCAGGAGCAGAUGACCUCUGCGGUUGACCAUGGAAAGCAAAACUGCAGAUUUCACGUGUGCACAAGAUGGAGAGAGCGAGGCUGAGUUUUUACCUGAUGACUUUGAAGAAAAAACAGAAAGAGAAAAGAAACAUACCAAUUUCACUUUGUGCAACGUCUGUAACAUUCAGCUAAAUUCGGCCGCUCAAGCACAAAUCCACUACAAUGGCAAAUCACAUCAAAAGAGAUUAAAACAACUCAGCAAUGGGAUGCUGAAAAAUGACAAUGGUGGUACAUGCCAGAGCCCUGCUCUCCCAGCCCUGGUCCGUCCACCAGCCCCUCCUUUACAACCAUCGCUGGAUAUUAAGCCGUUUCUUCCCUUUCCUCUUGACACUGCGGCCGCAGUCAACCUCUUCCCCAAUUUUAAUGCGAUGGACCCAAUUCAGAAAGCUGUAAUAAAUCACACAUUCGGAGUUCCUCUUCCUCAUCGAAGAAAGCAAAUCAUAUCAUGCAACAUUUGCCAGUUGAGAUUUAAUUCCGAUAGCCAGGCUGCGGCCCACUACAAAGGCACGAAACAUGCCAAGAAGCUCAAAGCACUGGAAGCCAUGAAAAAUAAGCAGAAAUCUGUAACUGCCAAGGACAGCGCAAAGACUGCCUUCACCUCCAUCACUACCAAUACCAUCAAUACCAGCUCUGACAAAACAGACAGUACCGCAGGGACACCAGCAAUAUCAACAACGACAACUGUGGAAAUUCGCAAAAACAGUGUUAUGACAACUGAGAUCACCUCUAAAGUGGAAAAAAGCCCCACGACAGCCACUGGCAAUAGCUCAUGUCCUUCCACGGAGACUGAGGAAGAAAAGGCAAAACGACUUCUUUACUGUUCGCUAUGCAAGGUUGCUGUCAACUCUGCCUCGCAGCUGGAGGCGCACAACAGUGGUACUAAGCACAAAACCAUGCUGGAAGCCCGGAACGGAAGUGGGACUAUCAAAGCCUUUCCUAGGGCUGGUGUGAAAGGCAAAGGACCAGUUAAUAAGGGAAAUACAGGCCUACAAAACAAAACGUUUCACUGUGAAAUCUGUGAUGUGCACGUCAACUCGGAAACACAACUUAAACAGCACAUUAGCAGUAGAAGGCACAAAGACAGAGCUGCUGGGAAGCCCCCGAAACCUAAAUACAGUCCUUACAACAAACUACAGAAGGCAGCACAUCCACUGGGGGUAAAAUUAGUAUUUUCAAAAGAACCUUCAAAGCCAUUGGCUCCGCGAAUUCUACCGAACCCGCUGGCUGCUGCGGCGGCCGCUGCUGCUGUGGCCGUGAACUCCCCCUUCAGUCUUCGAACUGCUCCAGCAGCAACACUGUUCCAGACUUCGGCACUUCCUCCAGCGCUCCUGCGGCCAGCUCCUGGACCCAUUCGGACCACCCACACUCCUGUGCUGUUUGCUCCUUACUGAAUUCCAAAUGGGAGUAAUUGUACUGCAAUAAUUUUUCAAAAAACAAAAAACAAAACAAACAAAAGAGAACUAUGCAGUGUUUAUUUAUAGUUUCCAGUAUAUCUGAAGAGCCAGGACUUUUGAUAGUGAAUUGAAAAGAUUAUAAAAACAGGAGGGAGGUUUGGUUUGCGGGCGGGACGGGUGGGGUGGUAUUUUCUCCAAAUUAAAGCAUUCCUCUUGAACAUUGAUUGUUUUAGAAGUGAUCUCCAGCAUUGACUUGUAGUGGUAUCUAGAACUUCUGAAGCCUUUGUGACUGUGCUUUUGGGCACCUGUUUCCCUCUGCAUUGUCUUUCCUGCUUUAUGAAACAACUAUACAUUGUCUAAGGGCAUUAACUGGUUCCAAUGUAUAUAUAAUAAUUUACUCUGUAGAUUAAAAUAAUACGAAAAAAGAAGAAAAAAAAAACAAAAGCAACACUGUGAAUAUAGUAGUACCCGUGCUGGUCCUCUUGCUAUGACAGCAAUUACUGGGUAUUUAUCCCAACAAAAGUAGAUACAGUAGAUGUCUUGUAAAACAAUAGUGCUGUGUCUCAAUCUAUGCCACUAGGUUUUAAAGAAUUGAGAAAGGUAGAACGAACAACUAUUUCAUGCCGGUAAGCUGUCUAAAAAUAAAUGAACGCCAGAAGGUGGUGUGGAGGUCUCCCUGGUCCACAUUCUCCCCCUUCUGUCCAGCUCGGAGAUGACCUUAAGUUCAGAACAAUAGAACAGGGCUAAGUGUAGAGGUGAGGGAGAUAGUAAGAAAGACGAUUUCUUACAAAAUACUAUUUUCCCACCGUGAAGCAGUAUUGCUGGAAAUAGGGAAGUGUUUCUAAUGAACAUCCAUCUGAAAACAGGUAAACCCAUGCAUCAUGGGUGUUUAGAAAGAAACCAGUACAACUAUUCCAUUUCGUGGAUAAGGGAUGAUCAUAACCUAGGAGGAUAAUGCAAAGUAAAGAUUUUUCAUGUUGGUACAUAUCCAGUAAAAACAGAGACUAUUGUAUCUCUGCAGUAUCCCCUUUAUAUCGUACCAGUAGGGUUAUCUCUUAGGCAAUGGUUUCUGUUUUGAUGGUAGACAUUAGCUAUUGUUGUGGGCUUUUUUGUUGCUUUUUAGAUUUCCUACUGACAUGAUAUAAACGAUAUAUAUUUAGAUGUUAGUAAAACAAGAAAAAUGAAUCUGAGUUAAUUGCAGACCAAGGAUGUAGUGUUAAAAAAAAAAAAUACUGGUAAGAUGCACUCGACCAUCAUUUCUGUAGUGGAAUUGUGAAAUGCUGACAGCCUUUGAUAGUUCCCAUAAGGCUGAAAGGAGUUGAUGUUUUACCUUUAAAACAAGAUUUAUCAGGGGUAUAUAUAAAUAUAUGUAUAUUGUAUAUAUGUUAGAAAGAUUAAGAGAAUAACUUAUAAAAAGAAAAUCUAUAUAAAAUAAUUAUAUAAUCAUCCCAUCUUACAUGUUAUCAUUAGGUUGGUAACAAAUAGCAUAAAAAUAGCUGUGCCUUUAAUUUGUGAUAAAGGCUAUUUUCUUUUUCCCAUAGAAAGCUAACACAUGCCUAUCACUAUGAUGGGGUUGAAUGCAACCAGUCUGUUGCAUUAAGAACAGUGACACACAAACGUAGAACAAUGAUAAAACAUGUAUAAAUCAACCCUACAUGAUUUAGGUUUAGAGAAAAAAAUAUUUUUGAAAGGUUUUGUAAAGACUAUUUAAAAAAUAUAGGGAAGGGCUGGGUAUGGCCUUCCCCAAACUGCUCUUAUCUAAACUGUAGUAACCUUUUGAAAGGUUCAUGAAGAUUCAAGAUGAAACCAUUUGAAAGAUGGGUAUUUAGCAUUUGUCAUUUUAUAUUUAAGAAACACCCAUAGCGUGCUUGGUGCUCAACAUUAAACUUGGUCUUUGGAGUUCUGCUCCACCGUCUGGCUAUCGACAUUUGUCAUAUGAACAUAUCUUUAAAGCAGUUGGCUUUAAACAUAUACCUUUUGUUAAACAAACGACCAAAACAAAAACAAAAUAAAAAGAAAGGAAGGAAGGAAAGAAGGGAAGAAGGCAGGCAGGAAGAAAGGAAGAGAAAAAGUAUUGUAUCAGUCUUUGGUACAAGAAUUUCAAACCAUAUAUCUCUGGUUAAACAUGUUGGUUAGCAUUAAAAUUUGCUUUUGAGAGUAUCUGGUGAUUUUGCAUUUACCAGUAUCUCUACUCUCUGGUGUUAGCAAGUGUUACCUUUUUUCACCCACAGAUCCUGCUAGUUCAGCCACGUGGAGAGUUGCUGAUGAGUUUGUUGUUUGGGGCUCUAUGUCCCGUGACCAGCUUCCGACCGUUUUGCACUUUAGUUUCCUUUUUCUACUUUGUCAAAUAUUUUGAUCUUUCACUAUGUCAGCCUGAAUCCUUAUCCAACAAUCUUUACACCUGAGAAAACCUCCCUUUCCAGUGGAGAACGUAGUGGUAAUCGAUGCAGUCUCACUGCAAUGUGCUUUCUUUCGCUGUUCUUCCUCAUCUUCACCACAGUGAGUGAGCCAGUCCACUAGAAGUCAGGGCCUGUGGGAUACAAGAGUCUCGGAUCUCAAGGUAUUACUAACUCUAAUGAGUUGCUGGGAACAAGCAAAUCAGCCAUAUUUUCUCCAUCAGCCAUAUGAGAAAACUCAGAAAUACCUAAAUCCCUUCUGCCUCACUUCGCUAUGGAACCAUUUUUGUUUAAAUGGUCUCUUAAAUUGGAGUUGUAAGCAUCAGUUGUCUUUUACUCACUACCUAAUAAAGGAUGAAGCCUAACCAUAGAACUUAUAGUGGAUUCUCUGUGAAUUGUUUCCCUCUACUCCACAUAUUUAUCAACAGUAAAUCAACAUCUAUUACAAUUUGGACUGCUGUAAAGCUAUAUCCUUUCCCAUGGGGAACUUUUUUCAUGAAUAAAGAUCAAGAAUUCA